AUGGACGGACAGACGGACGCGGAGCCAGGGGAGCGGCUGGAGCAGCAGAGGGAGGGUGCAGAGGGUGCAGAGGGUGCAGAGGGUGCAGAGGAGCAGGGCAGGCUCUGGCAGCAGGGAGGCCAGCCCAGGAGCUCGCUGCACCUCGUCUCUGCCCUGGCCCAGUGGGUUCUGCUGCUCGCCUGCCUGAUCUACCUGGGAGUGCAUCUCCUGCGGCCCUCCAAGAUCCAGAGUGACAAAGUGCUGUGGACCCACAUCCGAUACUCAGGCAGGAGCACCAGGGGAGCAGCCGUGAACCUCUCAGCGGAAUUGGGGCCCAUCCAGAUCCGGAACGGCUCUGUCCUGGUUCCCUGCGACGGCCUCUACCUCCUGUCCCUCAGGAGCACCAUCUACCUGGAAGAGAAGGAGGACUGGCUGAAUCUGACCCUGCAGGGCAGCAGCAGUGUCCUGUGGGAGCAGAUUGUGCAGAGCAACGAGAGCACAGUGAACCUCACCACAGUGCUCUACCUGUUUGAGCAGGACAGCAUCACGCUGUGGACCAGCUCCAACGCCAGCCUCGGGGACCUGUCCCUCAGCCUGGUGUUAGUAGCUGACAGCAAGUCCUAG